GUGGGCUCUUAUUGCUGAGUUUUCACUGCAUUGAUUUCUUUGUCUUUUUGCCUUCUCUCCUUUUCCUUGCUCUCUGUUCUUCCGGGCUUUUUUUUGCCUUGCCAGCACAAGAGAACAAGAAAAAUUAGAAAGUCGAGUCUGCUCUCUGAGGAAAAAGAAACAAAAAGCACAGAGAGAGAGAGAGAGAGAGAGAGAGAGAGAGAGAGAGAGAGAGAGAGGGAACGCUGAAAGGUUUCAUCUUUGCAGUAAAAAUGGGGUGAGGGCGUGGCGAAGAGGAGCUGGGAUUCUCUUGCACUGCUGCUUGUCGGUGCCUUUUAUCUUUUUUAUUAUAUUGAUGGUAUGAUUUAUUAUCAUUUUUAUACAACCUCUCUUUCAAAAAGGAGAAAAACAAAACCCUUCUUUGUUGGUGGCUGUGUGGAGGGCUCUGCUGUGUCGGCUUUGUUUCAGAGAAGAUCUUUUUCUAUGGAAUUUAGGAUUCUGGUUGCUUAGUUUCUGGUUUUCAUCUGCUUGUGAAGUUGCCGUACAAUGCGCUGACGAUAUUUCUCUGGUGAUUUAACUUAUACCAGAACAAAGUUGGGGAAUUUAAUCUUCAUUAUUUGUAGGUCCUGUAAAGUCAGUGCAGUUUGGUUAUAUAAAACAAAUCUGUGGAAGUGGAAGCUUGUUGCUAUAAAACCAGUCAGCUGUAUUUUGUUUUGUUUUGACAGUCUAGCUUAUUUGUGAACCUGUUGAUGACUGAAGUUAUGGAGUCUGCUACUUAUUCUGAAGCAAAAAGCUCAAAUCCAUGGUGGUGCGACAGUCAUAUUACUCCAAAGAAUUCUAAAUGGCUCCAGGAGAACCUAACAAAUAUGGACAGCAAAAUCAGGUCGAUGAUGAUGCUUAUAGAGGAAGAUGCUGAUUCCUUUGCUAGAAGAGCAGAAAUGUAUUACAAGAAACGACCCGAGCUGAUGAAAUUGGUGGAAGAAUUUUACCGAGCUUAUCGUGCUUUAGCAGAGAGAUAUGAUCGUGUUACCGGGGCACUUCGCCAAGCUCAUCGGACAAUAGCUGCUGCAUUUCCUAAUCAAAUUCAAUUUAUAUUACCCGAUGAACCCCCCUCUAGUUUACCUGAUUCCGUUGAAGAAGAUAACGAAACUUUUUCUAUUCAGUUAUAUUCUGAUGGGAAUGGUGAAUAUUCUGAUGAAAAUAAUCCAUUAAUGAGCAAAGAAGACUGGAAAAAUCUGAAUUUCCAGCUUGUCGAUGAGGAAAAAUCUGAACACAAAAAGCUACAAGAAGAAGUUCUUAAGCUGUCAACAGAGAACAUCAAUCUCAAGAAUCAGAUAACUUCAGAAUCUACGCGUGCAGAUGAAGCUGAAACUGAGUCUCAAAGUUUCAAAGAUGCUGUUUCCAACUUAAAAGCUCAACUGGAGUCUGCCUUUCUUCAGUACAAGCUUUCUCAAGAAAAAAUGUCACAUCUUGAGGCUGAAAUUUCUCAAAGGCGAGAUGAAGCUGAUAAUCUUGAUGAUGAGAUGAGCUCAAAAGUAAAAAAACUUAAUUUUGCAGAGGAGCGAUGUAUUGAUCUUGAAAAAGAGAAUAGUUCUUUGCGGGUUGAGCUGAGUAAGGUUAAUGAAGCUGUGUCAAAGAAGAUGGAAGAAGUUUCAGAUUUGUUUAAGGAGAACCAGAAUCUCCAUAACACAGUUAAUUUGGAGUCAAUUCGUGCUGAACAAGCAGAAGCUGAGUCAUGUAGAUUGAGAGAUGCUGUCUCCAAAUUAAAUUCAGAGUUGGGAACUUCACUUCUUCAAUACAAGGUAUCCCAGAAAAAGAUAUCUGAUCUGGAAGCUGAAAUCUGUCACAAUGGAGACCGGAUUCAGAAUCUUAGAGUUGAGAUUUCUGUAAGUUCAUCUAAACUUAACAUCGCUGAAGAGCAGUAUCUUGUUCUUCAAGAAGAAAACAAGUCUUUGCAGUCUAAACUUGAUAGAUUUAAAAUGAUAGCGGCAACGAAAGAAGAAGAAGCAAACUUAAAGGAGGAAGAAUUGUGCAAACUGAAAUGUUUCAUCGAAGAUGAACGGCUGAGAUAUGAGUAUGCUGGAAUCCAGGAAAAUAUGUCUUUACAGAUGGAGCUGAAUGAACUCAAACAAAGAAAUGCAGGGAAUGAGGAAGAGCUGGCUAAGGUCAAGCAACUCUUAGAAGAUGAAAGGCAACGUUGUAUGAUUGCUGAAGUGGCUAACCAGUCAUUGAAGAAACUGUAUUCUCAAUCUGAAGAAAAAGUAAGGCUUUUGGGCUUGGAGAUUCAAAGAGGAGCUGAACUUCUGAGAGGGUUGGAACUAAGUAAAAUUGGUUUGGAAGAAGAGGUAAAGAGACUCCAUGAUGAAAACAAUGAUUUGAAUGAGAAAAGCUUCUCUUUUCUGUCAAAGAUUGUUGGCCUACAAGAUGAGAUAAAUUCUCUGAGGAGAUCGAAGCUGAAAAUUGUAGAUGAACUAAGUUUUCAUAUAGAUGAGAACAAAGGUCUUCAGAAGGAGCUUUCUUUUCUCAAAUUUGAGAGAGAUAAUUUAGAGGAAAGGCAUCAUGAUCUAAUGGAACAAAUAUUGGAGGUCAACUUUAAUGUUGUUUCUCUUCGUACAUUAGUUCAGGAAUUGUGUGAUGGAAGAACAGUACUGAAAGAUGCAAACAAAAAAGUUGGUGGCGAAAAACCAUUUAAUUUGGAGGUCUUGAGGCUUAUGGAGAUCCUAUCAGAGAGAAAUUCUCUUUUGGAAAAUUCCUUGUCUGAUGUAACUGCUGAAUUAGAGUUGUUGAGGGAUAAGAUCAAGAGAUUAGAAGAAUGCUGUGAAUCUCUACAUGGAAAUGCUUCAAGUACUGAGGAUGUUACAAAGAAUGGCAAGAAGUUUUCAGAUCAAAGCACAAUUUUUGAGAACUUCUUAGCUGAUAUUAUUUUUGAGUUUGAAGGUUCGAAUGAUUUGGUGAAAUCUUUGGAAGAGUCCUGCAAGUCUCUAUAUAACCAGAAUUGCUCUCUUAUUGCUGAAAACAAUAAUCUUGUUGCUCAGGUGGAAAAGAUCAAACGGCAUUUGGAAAGCUUGGAGACUUGUUUUUUAGCCUUCGAAAGAAAACGUGUGAUUAUGGAGAAUGAGAAGGAUCUAGCACUUAAUCAGGUGGAGGAAGUAAAAAAAUCGUUGAAUUCUGCAGAAGAAGGCCAUGAGAACCUUAUUAUUUUCUUGCAGAACCAAACCAGGGCUUUGACUAAUCAAAUUCACAUAUUGAAAGAAAAAAAUGAUCUUAUAAAUGAGGAUCUUGAGGAGGGGCUGCCGAAAACAGUGAAGAGUGGUAUUGAUCGCUUUAUAAUGAAGCAAAUUUUGUAUGAUAUGAAUGACAACCAUCUGAUUCUUUCGGAGAAACUAACUUCGGAACUCAAACUUGAUCGGUCAACACUAGAGAAGAAACUGGCACUAUCAAUGGAACAUAAUAAGAUGCUUUUGGAAUGGGUUCAUGUGAUGGUAAUGGAAUUUGAUGCAAAAAUGGACACUGAGAUUUCAAACUGUGGUUGUAAGAAUAUGGUGCAGUUUAUUUUAGGUAAAAUAGUGGAUCUGCAGGCUUCUGCUUCUGGUUCGAAGGAAGAAUUCCAUCAUUUUCAUAUUGAGAAUUCACCUUUUAUUCUUCUUUUGGAACGUAUUGGACUGAGUUUAGUAGAAUUGAGAGCGCAUAAUAAUGUUCUUGAGCAGGAAUCUGUAAAGAAAAAUGAAGAAAUUUCACUUCUCCACAUUGAAUUGGAGAAAAUGUGUCAAAAGUUAUCAGAUUUACAGAAGGAGCCGUGCGGCUUCCUUAGCAAAGUACCCAAGUUGUUUGGUGAAAAAGAGUAUAUAUCAAGCAAAUCUUUUGAGUUAUUGGAUCAUCCUGAUUCACAGGAAGAUGAGCAUGAAGCCAUCAUUGAAGAAUUUAUGCUCCAUGAGAACCUCUUCUGUAAUUUCAAAAGUUCUGAUGCUGAGGAUUCUUCAGGAAUUGAUCAGUUAAUCAAAGAUGUGUACAAUCUUCAUGGGAUCACAAAUGACCUUCGCCAGGAUAUCAGAGUAAUAAAUGAAAAUAUGAGGGCCCUACAAACUGAGAAUACCCAUCUUAGGGACUUGGCGGCUGAUUUUGAGACCAGAAGUAAUUCAGCGUUGCUUGAGUUGGAAAAAAAAAUUCUAGUUUUGUGUAAAGAAAAUGUCUAUAAAAAUGAUGAAAAUGAAUUCCUUCGUCAAUCUAAUGGGAAGUUUGUUGGAGAAAUCUCUGGACUUCAUAGAGAAACUGAAGCACUGAGAAGGAGAGAAAAAAACUUGGCAUCUAAACUCCAAAGAACAAUAAAUGAAAGUAGGUGCUUUGAAGAAGAAUCUGCAGCAUAUUUACUUGAUAUUAGUGCUGCAUCAAUCAAUGAAUUGGUAUUGAAAGAGAAAGUUGUUGAGCUGAUGCUCAAAAUUAAGAGCCUUGAGAACAGGGAAAUUUCUCUUGAAAUUGUUGAGAGGAACCAUUUGAUGAAACAAAUUGAUGUCCUUGAAAAAGAAAAUAAGAGAUUGAUGGCAGAGUUGACUGCUUACCUUCCGCUUCUUGUGUCGUUGGAUGAUGAUAUAGCAUCUUUGGAAGAACACACUAUUUCUCUGGCAAAUGAACAUAUUCUCGGCAGCAAGAGAAAACAAGGUAAUAAUUUAUUGGCACCUCUUCAGCGGAAGAGGUUCAGCCAAGUAAGAGGUAUAGAUUAUGAUUCCAAAGUCUCAGCAGGGGUAAAGCAACUUCAGAAGGCAGUAACAAAUACUGAGAGGAUCCUCACACAAGAAGAAAUUGUCAGUGAUACUAAUUUGGCAAGAAAAAUCAAAUCUAGAAGAUCAAAGGGAAACAGAAGCGCACUUCAACCGGAAUUCAAAAAGAAGAAAGAAAUCAGCAUGGAUGCCAGAAAGAACAAAGAUGUUAAAUUGCUGAGAAAUGACCAGGAAAUCUGCAAAGUGAAGCAUAAACAUUUGUUCAAAAUUAUGAAGUUUGAUCAUGCUUCAAGCAGUUUUAGAAGCGUAGAUGAUUUCAGUUCUGAAACUGAUGAACGAGCUCGUGAAAUGUUGGAACCUGCAACCAAUAAUGUUGAAGUGCAUCCCAAGAUUGACAUAGCGGCGGUAGAAAAAAAUUCAAAUCCUUCUUCUGAACUGGUUUUGGAGAAAGGGUUUAGUGUUGACACCAAAUCCCAUCAGGAAUGGAGAAGUGUUAUUGAAACUCUCUCAUCUGAUUCUCUGAGGUUGUCCAUUCUGCAGGAAAAUUUAGAGGAGCUAAAAAAAACCAUUGAAGUGUCUGAAAUGAGAGGGCAAUCCUCACGAACUGCAUUAAACAACAUUACUGAACAGUUCAAAAUUUCUGAAGGUGUCAUCAGGCAGUUGAUUGAUAUCAACUUCAAACUUACUAAAAUGGCAGAGUACUUCUCUGCAUCAUUGGAUGACAAUGAAGGAAGAAGACAAGUCUCAGAGCGAGUUCAAAUAGCUUCAGAAAAGAUUGAUAUGGUUGAGCUGGAACUUGAGAGCUCACGGUGCCUCUUGUCUGAAGUCCUGGAAGAAGAAGAAGAAGAAGGAAGUAAGGCGCUCAAAGCCUUGCAGAGGAAAUCAAGGUUUCCCUUGAAGGGUAUUAUCUAUUGGAAAAAGAAGGAUUCAAGGCAAAAGAAGCGGCGGUUUUGUGCUUGCAUGAGGCUCAAUACGAAUGGUGACUAACUUCCGACUUUCUUAAACUUAUUUUGGUAGUGGAAAUCAUUUGUAUGUAUAAUUAAUCAACAUGAAGAGUAUGUGGGUUUAUAGCAUGUUGAUGUUCUUCUAGUUGUUGAUUUCAUUAAUGGAGUUUUCUUCUCCUUUUAGUGUUUGAUUUCAUUAAUGGAAUUUUCUCCAUUACAUGAUCAUGCUUAUUCUGACUCGUUCCUUUCGUUAAGUCAACUAGUGUAAUAUCUAUUAUGGACUGUAAAUUUAUUGUAUGAGUUUGGCCAUGGCCAUUGACAAAUGGUCAAAUUAUUGUGUAAUUGUUAUAUAUCAUGGCUCUUAAUUAUGACAAAAUGACACACUUGUAAUUUUCAUGCCUCUUGGGAGGUCUCAUCUAUCUAUAAAUAGAUGAGGGGUCUUAUGG